AUGAGGCGCUGGAGUGUGACGAAGGAUUUCUUUGUCCGAUCUGACGGACGUACCUCUUUAAGCAAAAUAUCUGUGAUGUUGGUGCUGCUAAUACUGCUGGUGGUGUCUCCAGUGGCACAUAGCCAGGAAGAGGAGUACCACUGUGUCAUGCAUGACGUGUGCGCCUUGAUAGGCAUCCACUAUCAAAAUUGCCCAGUGAAGAUGGCUCCCAAACCUCUCGAGGAUCAGGAAGCGAUAGCCACCAUGCAUCGACGUUGUGCGUGGAUGUUCCCAACCGACGAUACGCCUGUCUGUUGUGCGGCUUCGCAAGUCCGUGAGAUGGACAAGAACUUCCAGCAGGCUGAGGGUCUGUUUAGUCGCUGCUCCACCUGUCUAACGAACAUGCUGUACAGCAUCUGCAGUCUGGCAUGUCACCCAGAGCAGAGUAAAUUCUUGACAGCGUACACGGAACCAACGACAGGGGCGUACGUCGAUCGGGUUGACUACCGCAUCGAUCGACAGCACGUACAAGAAGUGUAUGACUCGUGUCGGGGUAUUGUGCUACCCUCUAGUGGCAAGUAUGCAAUGGACGUCGGUUGUGGCUUCUGGGAGGCGGCCGGAUGUACGGCGGAGCGAUGGUUUCAGUACAUGGGAGCUGAUGACAAUGAUUUCGUGCCGUUCGAGAUCAGAUACCUGUAUGAGGAGGAUCCCGAGCGGCGUUUUAACCAUUCAGUGAAGCACUGCAAUGAGGCGUAUGAUGGAUCAUACGCCUGUUCUUGUGUGGAUUGCGAUGAGAGCUGUCCAACCAGUGAUCCUCCCCAGCCUGAUGAUCCAGGUUUCACUGUGGGUGACCUCAACGGUGUGACCUUUACUGUGGCUGUUGUGAUUGGUGGGAUUGGGCUGUUCUUCAUUACACUGUCACUGGUAUUUCGGAGCCAUCGCCGCUCGAAAUCUUCGAUGCCAGACUUUCCUCCCAUAUUGGGAGGAUUCCCAGCAGUCAAUCGCGCGUUAGUGCGGCUGUUCACGCGUUGGGGAACCUUUUGUGCACGCAAUCCGGUGUUAAUUCUUGCCAUCUGCUCGUGGAUUAUCGGAGGGUUAGCAUUCGGCAUCCAGUACCUAAUCAUUACGACAGAUCCGGUCGAGCUGUGGGCAGCCCCUGACAGUCGUUCGCGCCAAGAAAAGGACUACUUUGACUCUCGCUUUUCACCUUUCUACCGCACCGAACAGAUCUUCAUUAAGCCCAAGCGGCAAGACUUCUUCGUCCACCCGACGGCGGAAGGCAACCAAACGUUCGGUCCGGCCUUUGAUCGGGAGUUCUUACUUCAAGUGUUUCAGCUUCAAAACACAAUCGAGCAGCUAGGACGGGAAGAAGGGCUCGGGCUAGAGGACAUCUGCUAUGCCCCGAUGACGGCGGUCGGUCUAAAAACCGUGUUAUCUGAGUGCACCGUUCAGAGCGUCUUCGGGUAUUUCAAGAACAACCUAGCGGAGUUCAACCGUACCAGCACGGAUUUGAAUGGGUUCGAGGUGAACUACCUGGACAAAAUCAACGGAUGUACGCGUAAUGCAUAUCUACCGUCUUGCUUCGGGACGUACGGAGGACCAAUUGAGCCAGGAGUUGCUCUGGGUGGGUUUCCUCAACCGGAAACCGGAGCUAACCCAGACUUCCGGUUAGCCUCCGCCGUGAUCUUAACCUUCCUGGUAGAGAACAAGGCGAACAAAGACGAGCUAGGUCCAGCUCUGGCGUGGGAGAAGCUGUUCGUGGACUUUAUGCGGGACUUCGAUCAUCCGAUGAUGGACGUGGCGUACUCGGCGGAACGCUCCAUUGAGGACGGCAUCGAUGAGAUGUCUGAGGCGGAAAUGUACACCGUCAUCAUCAGUUACGUGGUGAUGUUCGUAUACAUCACCUUCUCGCUUGGGAAAAUCCGUGGUUUCCGUCGGUUUCUCCAUGGAUCGCGUAUAGUCCUUGCGAUCGGUGGCAUUGCAGUGGUGCUAGCCUCUGUCGCCUGCAGUCUUGGGUUUUUUGGUUACCUCGAGUUAGCCACCACGAUGCUCACGAUUGAAGUUAUUCCGUUCUUGGUGCUUGCCGUCGGUGUUGACAACAUCUUCAUGCUGGUGCACGCGUUCAACCGGAUUGACCGGGUACGUACACCUGAAACAGCAUGCGCUAUUGGUGAAGCUCUUGGCCAGAUUGGACCCUCAAUCCUGCUGACAUCAGCGAGCGAGUGUUGUUGCUUCGCCAUCGGAGCCCUCUCACCUAUGCCGGCUGUUAACACCUUUGCUUGGUACGCGACCGUUGCUUUGCUGGUGGACUUCCUGCUACAGAUCACGGCCUUCGUUGCACUAAUGGCACUUGAUGAGAUACGAGUCGAAGGAGGACGUCUCGAUCUGGUGUGUUGUGUGCGUGCGAGCAAGUUAGUUGAUCAGCCUGACGAUGGUCCUGGUUGGCUUGAGCGGGUUGUUGAGCGAUUUUACGUGCCGAUGCUUCAACGGCCAAGAGUGCGAUUGGUUGUGUUGGCGAUUUUUCUCGUCUGGGGAUCGCUCUCGCUCAUGGUUGUGCCGAGCAUCGAGCCCGGACUUGACCAGGAGUUGUCAAUGGCGGAAGAUUCACACGUCGUCAAGUACUUCCGAUUCAUGGCGGAGUUGUUCUGGAUGGGACCACCGGUGUACUUUGUGUUGAAGCCUGGUCUCAACUACACGGACGUGCGCGACCAAAACCUGGUAUGUGGAGGCAUCUUGUGCAACGACGAUUCCAUCCAAACCAAGCUGUACCAGGCUUCGCUUUAUCCAGCUACGACGCAUAUUGCACGGCCUGCUUCAUCCUGGUUGGAUGACUACAUCGAUUGGUUGUCCAUUAACUCCUGCUGCAAAUUCAACCCAUCUGAUGGCUCAUUCUGCAGUAGCAGUGUUUUCUUCUGCAGUUCAUGUCAGCGAGCGUACGAUGAUACUGGAAUUCGACCGACAGUGGCUCAAUUCGAGCGGUAUCUCGAGUUCUUCCUCUCGGACCUACCUGAUGAAAACUGCGCCAAAGCAGGUCGGGCAGCGUACUCGCGUGCCCUCAACUACAUCCAAGACUCUACCGGUCAGUUGAACGUACAGGACUCAUACUUCAUGAGCUACCACACCACAGCCGUGACAUCCCGACAAUUCUACACUGCACUCGAGCAAGCCCGUCGCAUCUCCGACGACAUUCAAGCCAUGCUAGACGAACACGAGGCUGGUGUUGAGAUCUUCCCGUACAGUGUGUUCUAUGUGUUCUACGAGCAGUACCUCACAAUCUGGUCUGACGCGAUGCAGUCACUCGGGUUAUCGUUAGCGGCCGUCUUCGUGGUAACAUUCCUGGUCACUGGGCUCGACAUCCUGUCCGCACUCGUGGUGGUAUUGAUGGUGUUCUUGAUUGUGCUCAACAUGAUGGGGCUGAUGUGGCUCUGGAACAUCACUCUGAACGCUAUCUCGCUCGUGAACCUCGUCAUGAGCGUCGGCAUUGGUGUAGAGUUCAUCUCGCACAUCGUGAGGACGUACCGUCACGCACACGGUACUCGCCUGGAUCGUGCAGGUGAGGCGAUGGUGCGUACCGGUAGUUCCGUUUUCUCCGGCAUCACGCUCACAAAGUUCGCCGGGAUUGUCGUCUUGGCGUUCGCCAAGUCCCAGAUCUUCCAAAUCUUUUACUUCCGCAUGUACCUGUGCAUAGUCCUUGUUGGGGCCGCACACGGACUGAUACUGUUGCCGGUGUUCUUGUCCUAUAUUGGGCCACCACCACCGUCGAGGGAUAGUGUUGAGGUUGAGAAGCGAACUGCGCAACAGAAGCCCACGGUGGAGCACAAAGUACCACCGGAGGACGCCGGAGAAGAAGAACUAGCUAUCAAAGAAAACGGUCUUCCCGAACGGAACGAAGUAGAAUCGCGAUAG